AAAAUUUUCUAAAUAUGAGCGAGGACGGAAUCAAGGCUCUCUACUAUAAGGAGAACAAUAUUGGUAGUUGGAUGAAGAAAUCCAAGAAGCAGUAUAUCUGGAAGGUCCAAGUGGAUGGGGAAACCCAUCAUCUCGAGUUCCUAGACUCAGUGCUAUCUGGAAAGAAAUAAAAUUUUGAAAAAUGGGAUGGUAGUAUUUGAAAGACAACUUUUUGGGGUGCCAUUUCAAUAUCCAUUCACUAUUGGCAAGCAUUCCUUUAAUAUCGCAAUGCAUGGGGACCGGUAUGAGCUAAGAGUUGAUGGAAUGAGCUUUUCACACUUAUAUAAUCUCACUAAGUCACAGCAAUACGGAGGGGAUCAAGGUAAGGAGGACUAUGAUAUGGGCGCUUAUGGAGAUACAGGGCCUCCUACUUACUCAGCAAAGACAAAGAAGUACAAUGACUAUGAUUCCUCCCCACCAAGCAAAUAUCCUAGCAAAAAUGAUGGUCAUCCUUGGGAAGAUAAGGGAAAGCAUGGUUCUAAAUAAAUCUCAAAGCGAUGAUGAGGACGAAGACACUGGCUACGACGGCUGGAAUGACGUAAAGAAAGCCGAAUCGGGCAGUAGAAAAAUACCAGAUCCAUAUAGUAAACAGAAGAAGUAUGAUCCAUAUCCAGAAGAUGAUUUUGUCGGGGGUAAAUCAGGUACUAAACCAAGAGGGAAGACUACAGUAGGAGGAGCAGCCAAGAAGAAGGAUGAUUACUUCUCAGGUUCUGGUAAGAAGAAAGAUUUUGAUACAAAGAAUCAGCCUAAAGCAUUUGACUUCGAUGGGUUUGGGCAGACUGUUGAGAAGAAGAACGCAUUUAAUGAUCCUCCAAGUAAAAAGAAAUCAAAGCCUCAGGAUGAUGAUCCAUUCAAUUGGGGCAAUGAUCAGCCGGCAAAGAAAACUAGUUCUAGCAAUAAUGAUUUUGAUUUUGAUUUCAAUGCUCCAAGCCAGCCUAAGAAAACAUCAGAUGAUUUCUUUGGAGAUGAGAAACAAGAAAUUUCAAAAACAGAGAAAUUUGAUCCAUUUAAUAUGGAAGAGACCUCAGCUCCAGUAAGCAGUGAUCCAGUAGAUGCAUUAGCAGAUGUGAAAUUUGACUCAGAUCCAUUCUCACAAGCUCCACCUGCUCCUGAUGCGGGACUUUUUGAUAUUCCUGCUCAAAAUCAACCUCCUCAAACUCAGCCAGCUCAUGAUCAGCCUCCACUAUUCAAAAAGGAGAAGGUAGAAGAGAAAUUCACAGAAGACAAGUUGUUUAAUUUGAGCAAUCUCACAAAGAACAAGCCUUCAGUUGAGAAGAAAGAUAAGCCAAAAGAAGCAAGCGGGUUUGGGCAGUCAAACUUCAACAGCAAUUUUGAUACAGGAGCUUUUGGAAAUUCAACUCCAGUAAAUACAUUUGCACCACCUCCGACUAGUGUUCCAGAAACUAAAGAGGAUAAGCUCAAUGCUCUUGAGAGCGCCUUUGGGUCUGUAGAGAAGGACACAGCUGCUGCAAGAGCACAAGCAAGUAUGGCUCAAGCUGCUAUGGCUCAGAACAUGCCACAGCAACAAGUAAAUGACUUUGGACAGCCUAAGGCUCCUCUGAAUACUGCAAAUUCAGCUCCGACAAAUGAUUUUGGAGAAUUCCCAACGAUGUUCGGAUCUAAUGCUGAUGGAUUUGGAAGCUUCCAAGGCUUCGGAGGAGAUGCUUUUGGAAAUGAACAACCUGCAGCUAAGCCAGCACCAGUUUCUCAAGCCAGUAACAGCGAUCCAUUCGGUGCCCCACAACCACAGAAAGCAGAUACCAAAACUGAUAAGAAAGAUGACUGGUUUGAAUUCUAAAUAUUUUAAUUGACAAUAUAUUAU